UAUCGUCACACCAAUAAAAUCUGAACCCGGUUCAACCCCCUCCGGUCCAGAAUGUGUAUAUAUUCCGAAAUAAUAUACAUCACACAAAUUGCUGACGUCAAUAAAGUCCGAUUCGGUUCAACCCGACUAGACUCCCUCUCUCUAUUUCCGGUCUAUUUUCUGCCAUUGAUUUCGAUUACAGUGAUCUGAAAUGGACGACAUGGCGGCCUAUUACCCUCCGCCGCCUCCGCCACCAGGCUCCGUUCACUAUCCAUACUACAAUCAACCGCCUCAGCCUCCUCCUCCGGUGGCUCCGCCGACGCAGCAUCACUCAGUUCAGCCCUACUACCCAUCCCAGCCUCCGCCUUACGCUCCCUACACCCGGGCAGCUUACGACGAGGUCCGGACGCUGUUCGUGGCGGGCCUACCCGAAGAUGUGAAGGCGCGUGAAAUCUACAACCUCUUCCGCGAGUUUCCAGGCUACGAGUCCUCCCACCUCCGUACCCCCACCGAGAAAACUCAGCCUUUUGCGUUUGCGGUGUUCUUGGACCAGCAAUCUGCGAUCGGAGCGAUGCAGGCACUGAAUGGGCUGGUAUUUGAUCUUGAGAAGGGGUCGACAUUAUAUAUAGACCUAGCAAAAUCCAAUUCUAGGUCCAAGCGCUCAAGAGCAGAUGAUGAAAGAUCUAGCGCGGAUAAGAGAGCUAGACGUUCAUCAUAUUCAAGGGCGACUUCUGAUCCUGCAGGUGUUGGCAGCAUUCACAUGCCUGGAAUGGGUAAUUCUGCUUACAACAUGAUUGGUUAUCCAUCUGCACCAAGUCAUGGCAGCUUCAGUGGCAGUGGUCUAAACGAGACAAUAGCCUCAAAUAUGAAUUUUUCCUCAGCGCAGCAGUUUCCACAAAACAAUACUCCAUGCCCAACACUUUUUGUUGCUAAUUUGGGGCCAACUUGCACAGAGCAAGAGCUAAUUCAAGUAUUUUCAAGGUGCCCCGGGUUUAUAAAAUUGAAGAUACAGAGCACAUAUGGAGCUCCAGUUGCAUUCGUUGAUUUUCAGGAUACUGCUACCUCAACUGGUGCACUGAGCCAUCUGCAAGGCACAAUUCUCUACUCGUCAACAUCUGGAGAGGGCAUGAGAUUAGAGUUUGCAAAAUCACGAAUGGGAAUGCGGAAGAAGCCAAAGUAAUUAAGCAUGAGAAGAAUGAGAUCGAUCCAGCUUUAUGGUUUCCAGAUGCACAUGUGACAUUCUUUUGUACCAACAAUAGUUAGUAGCUAGACUAAUAUCAGAGCCAACUUUCAUAAUUUAUGUUAAAGCCCCCUUGUGCAAUUUUGAUUAAACUUUUAAUUUUGACUUUCAUUGUUGAGUUUGAAUUGCUACGUUUUAUCUAUUCGAUUUUAUACAAUAGAAUCAUUUUUGUGUCCGG